CGACGCUUAACAACACUACAAAAAACCUUUACGUGCAAGCCGUCGACUGCGGCGUUGUGUUAAAAAGUGUGUGCGUCGUGCUGUCUAGCAAAAUUUAGGGUACAAUAUGUCGACACUAGAUGCGAACACCGUGCUCUACAGCAUACUGGGAUUAGUUAUUGUCGAGAAUGCGCUGGAAAUCUAUAUAGCACUGCGCCAGGUGAAAGUCUAUAGGACGGCGUUGACUGUUCCCGGCGAACUAACGGAUCAUAUGAGCGAAGAGACGUUCCACAAGGCGCGCAAAUAUAAUCUGGAUCAGGAGAGCUUUGGCAUCUUCAAGGCGGUGCUUAUGGAUGUGGUCUUGUUGUGUGUGGAACUCUAUAUUGGUUUGAUUGCGUUGAUUUGGCAACUGUCGCAGGAUGUGGUCCGUCAAUUGGAUUGGGAUGUCAGCAAUGAGAUCCUUGUCACCUGUGUCUUUGUGCUCAUUUCGAAUGUGUUGUCAACCUUUAAAUCGCUACCGUUUAAGAUCUACAAGAUCUUUGUGCUGGAGGAGAAGCAUGGAUUCAAUAAGCAGACGGCCGGAUUCUUUGCCUGGGAUCAGCUGAAGGGUUUCCUGGUCAUGCAAGUGGUUAUGCUGCCCAUAACGGCAGCGAUUAUCUUCAUUGUACAACGUGGCGGCGAUAACUUCUUCAUCUGGCUGUGGAUCUUCACGGGUAUCAUUUCACUGCUGCUGCUCACCAUUUAUCCCAUCUUUAUUGCGCCACUAUUCGACAAGUAUACCCCACUGGAGCAGGGACCAUUGCGUAAAUCCAUUGAGGAUUUGGCGGCUACAUUGAGUUUCCCGCUGACCAAGCUGUAUGUGGUUGAGGGCUCCAAACGUUCGUCCCACAGCAAUGCCUAUUUCUAUGGACUAUGGAACUCGAAGAGAAUUGUGCUCUUCGACACGCUGCUCCUGAACAAGGGCAAACCGGAUGAUUCUGAGUUGAGCGACGAUGAGAAGGGCAAAGGCUGCACGGAUGACGAGGUGCUUGCUGUGCUGGGCCACGAACUGGGCCACUGGAAACUGGGACAUGUGACAAAGAAUAUUGUCAUUAUGGAGGUGCAUCUGCUGCUCAUGUUCCUCGUCUUUGGCUAUCUGUUCAAGUAUGCACCAUUCUACGAGGCAAUGGGUUUCCAGCCCGGCGUACGACCCAUUCUGGUGGGUCUACUGAUCAUUUUCACCUAUGUGAUGGCACCGUACAAUGCGAUUAUAACUUUUGCGAUGACUUUGCUGUCGCGUCGCUUUGAGUAUCAGGCGGAUGAGUUUGCUCAUCGGCUCGGGUUUGAGGAGCAGCUGCAACGUGCUUUGAUCAAAUUGAAUCUGGAUAAUUUGGGUUUUCCCGUCUACGAUUGGUUGUACUCCACCUGGAAUCAUUCACAUCCUACGCUGCUGCAGCGUCUCGCCAGGCUGAAGGAGUUGGGACAAUCGUCGCAGUCAGAGAAGAAGUUGCAGUAAAUGCAACUCGCAUCCAUGUCGAGACCAAAGCAUUUUCUAGCUACUUUCCGUAUUGUAGUUUACAUUGUGUUUAGUGUUCUAGUUUUCAAUAAAAUUCAGAUCGAAAAUUAUAA